CGGUAGCAGCCAGAGAUAAAGAGGUGAGUUGGGAUGAAGGCUUUGGAGAGUCGCAGCCAGGGGUUUGAAAGCGGCUCCUCGAUCGCCUUGUGCCCGACAGACACUUUCACCGCGGUUUGCGUGGCGCCUUGGCUGGGAGCUCUGAGUCUGUAGCAAAGAUGGCGGCGCUUUAUCAACCUUACCAGCAGAACAAGCUCACCUCAGGCUGGGCCCGAGGGGGUGGACUAGUGUCGAAUCAAAGCUGGGCGUCGGGCAUGCAUGCAAAACCCGUCAGUGCCGCCCAUGCACUGGCACUCUGCGCGCCCAGUCGCGCGGUCUGGCCUGGGCUGUGGCACCAGCAGCUAGCCUACACUCAAGUGGGGCCCUGGCAGCGUGACUCCUUCGGUGCCUGCAUGCGCCGGCGCGAUGCCCCACAGCCUGCCUCCCACUGGUCGCCUGAGCGGGAGCCUCACUGUGGCAGCAAGCAAAGCCCGGCACCCCACGAUUCACCAAGUCCCGCUAAAGCGGACCCCUGA